CAAUGUUGAGCUCCAACUUCAACGGCAACCUUGGAGGAAAGCACCAACACCUACUACGCCUGUUCCGUCAACCUCAACCUCAGUCUCGAGUCCUGCGACUCGGCGCUGGCAUUGGACUUUCGCUAUGCAACGACCGAAGAAACGAUUGCGCACAAGUCGACCCCUGGUAUUCGGCAAGAACGUUGCGCACCGCGGACCUCAGACUCGAGAGCUCGAGGAUGUUUUCCGAGACAACCAACACAUAUUGCCUGGUCUCGAUCGCACCUUCGAGGCCCUUUUCGACAAAUAUGCCAACAUGCCUGAGGAUGCUGCCGACGUCGUGGACCUCGAAACCGAGACCCUUGUCGUGGACAACGGCCACUUACGGAGUCUCCAGCAAAAUCCGCAAACCUGGGAGCGAGCGCAAAUGUUGGAUGGUAUUGUCACGGGAAGCGGUUGGGAUCUCGAGGAGGAUUCGAAAGACGAAUUGGCGCCUUCUCGAUCCCCAUCUCCAGUUGCGAUUCGACGUACACAGGUUGCAGUUGAGCCAGCACCACCUGUACAGGCUCUCCGACAGACGGAUUCUUCUGUAGAACAAGCAUCUAGCGAGGCCGCCCCAACCGUCAAUGAAGCUCAAUUUUCAGAUGCAUGUAGACAGCUCUCUGUUGUUCAACAACCCGGGUCAACAUCGUCAGUUCCGCCAACAUCGGACGGCCUGCUCAAGAUUAUACAGCAGUUCGUCGACCAGUCCGUGGCGCAACGACUGCUACAACAGCAGGUUGUAUCACAGCCUUUGGCGCAACAACUGAGCGACGGUCCCAUGAGCACUCCGGUUGCCCAUCAGUCGGGACCCUGGAGAGACCCGGUACCACCUGCUACGGAUCCGAAAUGGUACUUUCCGCCUUUACCACGGCUAGCGUCUACUACACCGCUUGCAGCAUCCACGUCGGUCCCGAGACGCAGGAGGGUGUUCCCAUCUCCACAGAGGAUUCGGCAGCCGGAGCCUGGGAAGUGCAAGGAAUCGCCUCUUUUUAUAACAGCUAAGAGCACUCGAGCCACUCUCUCAAGUCCGAUCAUUCGGCAAACGCAGAAAGAGGAUAAUCAGACGGCAUCCGCAGCGCCUCGAAGUUCCUUACCAGGAGGGAAGGCGCUUGACGAUAGUGGUCUGGAGGAACAGGCGACAAGCGGCAACGAACUUAGGCAUCCUCUGAGGUCGCAUAUUCGUGAGCAGCCGUUGUCGACUCCGUCGCUUAUAUACUCUGAUGGCACAGAGUCGCAUAGAGAUAUCGGCGAUAGCGAAGCCAAUCGCCUUAAACACGCCGACCCUCCGGUGACAAUUUUCGACGAAGAUAUGGACGUAUUCCCUAUGCCCAAUGACAACGACAAUGAUGCGGGUAUCAUGCAAGAUUUGGAAAAAACUCAUGCAGAAGAUAUUCCUCUGAUACUUCCCUCCAUUGAGAGCGACAAUCCCUUCGACGGACUGUGCCGGGAUCCUGUACAGCAGAGCCCAAGGAAGCAUGUCCAGGUUGUGAUACCUGUUAGAAGUCGUCCAAAGUCUCAGACCCAGCGGGCCCCGGUUACCUAUGACUCAGAAGAAGGCCUUGUUCCUAUGGACGAGGUGCAGAAACCGGAGGCUAAAGCAGCCCAACCGCCGAUAGACGACGCGGAACUUCGCGAUGAGCUUGAUGCUCCGUGUACCCCAGCUAUCAAACGCGAAUCCCUGACACCGGGGCCGUGUUGUCUUCUGCGAGCUGUGCCUCCCGCGACACCGAAGUCAGCACCUCAGCAAUAUAAAAGAGAUGUUGGCACGACAAGGGAUACCCCAAGAGCGACGCCAAAGUUGAGCAAGUUGCAGUUGCUGCGACUUGCGAGGGCGCAAUGGGCGAAGCAGGGCCGAAGCGGAACGCCCCAGACUUCAAGACAUAGGAAGAGCCUACCCAGCCAGCAGAAGAAAAGAUGGGUAGACGAUAGCGAGGAUGAGUUGGCGUAGCGGUGGCAGCGCAAGACUGCAGGUGGUCAGGGCGCCUCAAGUAUGACUGUUCUGUGGGGUGGUGUAGAAGUGUUUUUUGUUCAGAUACCCCUGGUCUAUCCUUAUACGGAAUCAUGAGAAUUUAACAAGUGCAUCUGGGAGUUUAUUUUCUCGGGAUGACGUAGUGAAACCUGGUAGCGAUCGGCUAGGAAUAAUGGAUCUCCGGGAAGAAUUCUCGCAGCAACGUCGUCUAUGUGAGUCACCAAGAGCGCUCACACUGAAGCCGCAUUGGCAAAAUUGCAAGUGCUAGUCGAAUAACGGCUGCAGUUGGGGAGGCUUGUGGCUGGCCUCUGGCCGUCGGUUAGAAAAUAAUACCUGGCAGAAACAACGGUUGGAGAUUUUUCUAGUCCGUGACUUGUUAUGGAUGCAGUCUGGAAAGAACUUCAAUUUACAAGAUCUCUUUGUUGACAGGAACUGUGGAC